UGCAGUUUUUAACUUCUGCGCAUGCGCGUCGCCAAGUCCUUCGCUUCUCGGUUCUGCAAAGAGGCUAUAGAAGAUUCCAGAUGAUGAAGAUGCUGCACGCCUUUUUGGUCCUGGCGCUGCUCGCCCUGGGCUCUGGAGAAGAGGGCGCCCGUCUGCUGGCAUCCAAGUCGUUGCUCAACCGCUAUGCCGUGGAAGGCCGAGACCUAACCCUGCAAUACAACAUUUACAAUGUGGGCUCCAGUGCUGCUUUGGAGGUGGAGCUGUCGGACGAUUCUUUCCCACCUGAGGACUUUGGAAUUGUUUCGGGAAUGCUGAACGUGAAAUGGGACAGGAUUGCGCCAGCCAGCAACGUGUCUCACACUGUGGUGCUGCGUCCACUAAAGGCCGGCUACUUUAACUUCACCUCGGCCUCCGUCAGCUACCUGGCUCAGGAGGGUGGACAAGUUGUGGUGGGCUACACCAGCGCUCCCGGCCAGGGAGGCAUUCUGGCCCAGAGGGAGUUUGACCGCCGCUUUUCCCCACAUUAUCUUGACUGGGCUGCCUUCGGCGUGAUGACUCUCCCUUCCAUCGGCAUCCCACUUCUCCUCUGGUACUCCAGCAAGAGGAAGUAUGACUCGCCCAAACCUAAGAAGAACUGAGGAAAAAAAAAAUUACACCGUUAUUAUUGUUUUUAUUUGGGUUUCAGACUGGAGGGGCGGGAGGGUCUGUUCGGGUUUCAGUGGGCGCAGGAGGUCUGAGAAGCUUAAUAACCCAUAUUGGGGGGGUGAACGCUGUGCCGGUGAUUACAUGUAUGCAGCAAACCGGUUCUUAAUGAGAGAACAAUUACAGUGGUGGUUACUCCUGUUUGUAACUGUGCUGUAUAUUCAACUCAGUUCUGAAGUUGUUCGACAUCGGUAUGAAUAAAAACAAGGUGUUUUUUUUUUUAAAUAAACCUG